AUGAGUUUUAUCGCUUCUUGGAUCAUUGCCCUUUUGUUUACAACCACUGCCAAAGCCACGUUUACCUUCGGGUUUCAACAGUUCCUCAUCAAAACCUACGGCGCCGACAUAGCCAAAAACCUGACUCGCCUGGAUUGGGGAGUGCGCGGAUCAUUUGGUGGAGGGAAUUGGACGAGUCCCCGGAAAACGCAGAACACUCCGGUUGUUGUUGUUCAUGGCCUGGGCAAUGUGAUGGGCGACUAUCACGAGCUGAGGGCGGAGUUCUUUAAUCGAGGAUACCGAGACGACGAGAUCUAUGGGACAACCUAUGGACUGAUUUCGAAGCAGAUUGGGAUUGACGAGACAAUUGAAUGUCAGUUUGUCAAGCAGGUAAAACAAUUGGGUGUCGGACACUUCGCGGACAUCUCUAUUCGCGGACACCCAACUCGCGGACACGGGUUGCCCUAUUCGCGGACGCCCAACUCGCGGACACCCUAUUCGCGGACAUAAAUAUUUAGAUGGACUAUUCGCGGACAUAAAAGUUCCAGGUGUAUGUUGUUCGGACAUUUAGAUAAAUCUCUGUUUGGAAUGGUUGACACACCUCGGGCUGAAAAUUUUGAAAAUUCAUAGCCGCAAUUACGUAAUACAUAACGUUUUCAAAAUUUUGAGUGUAUACCGGACACCGGGGUAAGCGAUGGUGUUUUCUGUGCUUUCUAGUGGUAUUUUUAUACUUUUUAUUCCCUUGUUGGAACCUUAGACUGUUUAGACAGUAGGUUUUCGUGCAAUAGACCACUUUUUACAUUCCUGCCGACAUCAAAAUAACUAAAAAACAAAGAAAAUUAUUUUAAACGAAUUAAAAGCGGUAGAAAUGGAUCAAUCCAUAUAUCAUCUGAAUCAGAAGAAUUUUUUCAACGUUUUGAGACCAUAUUUGUGUCUCAGCUCCAUCUGAAACUUCAGAAAUUACCUAAAACAAUAUCCGGCUAGCAUCAAAAAAUCCAAAUAAAAUCCGUAAAACCUGAAACUUUGUGGCAUAAAUUAUACAUAUUCUGAUUCAGAAAUUUCCGGACAAAAUUUGAGAUGCAAAAUCAAAAAAUACGAUUUUUUGAAAUUUAUGACAAAAAUUUGUAAAAUAUGACAUUGCUGACAUAGAGCCCUGAAAUUUUGCACAAACAUGUCGUACCACACGCCAAACGACUAUAGAAAAUUUCAGAGCUGUACAUACAAUCCCUCAAAAGUUAUGAGCCGUUUUCUGUUCCAAAAACUCCGAUUUCCAACUCCAAAAACCGGACUUUUAUUGCUAUAGUGUUUACUGAACCCUUUCUGGGAACCAUAACUUUGGCCAGAAACGACCAAAUUUUGAUUUUUAAAAAUUAUUUCUGCUAAAUCGAACCUUGCGCGUCUUGUCGACAUAUUGCUUUACUCAUAUUCGCAGUAUAUAAGCCAAAAUUUUCUAACUGCACGAAAUGUCAAAAUAAUAUCGGCUUUCUGGACGAAAUGUCAACGAAGUAUUGGAACGAUUUUCCGGCUUUCUUCGAAGGUUUUUUAGCAAACUAACAAGACCACGAGGAUCGCAAGGGUCAAAUUAGAAGAUUUACUUUUUAAAAAUCAAAAUUUGGUCGUUUCUGGCCAAAGUUAUGGUUCCCAGAAAGGGUUCAGUAAACACUAUAGCAAUAAAAGUCCGGUUUUUGGAGUUGGAAAUCGGAGUUUUCGGAACAGAAAACGGCUCAUAACUUUUGAGGGAUUGUAUGUACAGCUCUGAAAUUUUCUAUAGUCGUUUGGCGUGUGGUACGACAUGUUUGUGCAAAAUUUCAGGGCUCUAUGUCAGCAAUGUCAUAUUUUACAAAUUUUUGUCAUAAAUUUCAAAAAAUCGUAUUUUUUGAUUUUGCAUCUCAAAUUUUGUCUGGAAAUUUCUGAAUCAGAAUAUGUAUAAUUUAUGCCACAAAGUUUCAGGUUUUACAGAUUUUAUUUGGAUUUUUUGAUGCUAGCCGGAUAUUGUUUUAGGUAAUUUCUGAAGUUUCAGAUGGAGCUGAGACACAAAUAUGGUCUCAAAACGUUGAAAAAAUUCUUCUGAUUCAGAUGAUAUAUGGAUUGAUCCAUUUCUCCCGCUUUUAAUUCGUUUAAAAUAAUUUUCUUUGUUUUUUAGUUAUUUUGAUGUCGGCAGAAAUGUAAAAAGUGAUUUAUUGCACGAAGACCUACUGUCUAAACUUUCUAAGGUCUCAGUCAGGGCAUGAAAAGUAUAAAAAUACCUCCAGAAAGCAAAGAAAACAAGAAAACUCUAUGUAUCACAUUGAAAUUAUAUUAUCCAUGACGUCUGAUAAAAAAUUUCUUCCAUUGAUUAGCUAUAAAACCCUGCACAUCGAAAAAAUUCAAAAACUAAGUACUACACGGUACUACAUAAGAAAGAACUAACGAUGAAAUAAAAAUGGAUAUGAUUUUCGAAAUCAGCACUAUCGAUUACCUCUAUGUAAGAUAUCUACUCAAAAUUUCUGAAAUUUACUUAUUACGUAAUUUCCACUACGAAUCUUCAAAACUAUUAGCCUGGGGUUUGACUACAACCCUAAAUACAGGGCCUAUUUUAUAUAUUUAUAAAAACGUCCGCGAAUUGGGCGUCCGCGAACAGGGUGUCCGCGAACUGGGAAUGUCCGCGAAUAGGGUGUCCGCGAGUUGGGAAUGUCCGCGAACUGGGUGUCCGCGAAUAGAGAUGUCCGCGAAUAGGGUAUCACUCAAACAAUUUUCUAAAGAUUGAUGAUAAAAGCCAGCCACACAAAAACCGUUUUUUAAUGAUUUUGAAAAGAUUCUAGAUCCGAAAUUUGAUUAUUGCUGUCACGGCUUACACGCAAUCAAAAGUCUACGUCAUUGGAAAUUCGCUUGGAGGAGCGGUCUCUCGGAAGGCAGGUUUAAUCUUCUAUUAUACUUUUACGAACUAUAUGGCUUCGAAAUGACCCUGAUAACCAAAACUGAUGUAUUUUUUUGUGAUUUCUGCUGACAUUUGAUUUGCAGCAGAUAAAAAAUUUAUUCCAGGCAAUUCUCGGAGGUCAAUGCGUUGACACACAUGAAGAUCUAGGGCCUCCCUUAACCGACCGAGUGGAAUCUUACCUUGGAGUUGCGGGUGCAAUGAGGGGCUCAGUAUUAUGUAUGGGUAUCUUUUCUGACCUUAUCCCGAUUUGUAACCGGAAGAAUGGACUAAACGAAAACAGCGAUUUUAUAAAGGAUAUUAACAGCCAGUAAGGUGGCCUUUUGUCUGGUGAUUUUUGAGACUCGACGGGCUGAUAAGAAGUUUUAUUUUCAGAUCAAAAUACGAGUCAUCACGGGUACUAAUCUUGGAAAGUAGGGACGAUGAUAUGAUCGGAUUUGAGGCUCAAGAUGGCACAAGGUUGAUGGAGGUCGAUGGCGCCGAUAAAAUUGUUGUGGUAUGUUUUUUUUUCUUUUCUUCUUUAUUUUUUUUGCAGUUACAAAACGUGACUCAUGAGCGAACGGUUUUUGGGACUCAACCCUUGCAAUACGACUUCCUUGUCCUCAACAAAACCAACGUCGUCCCGGUGAUACCCACGUUUGUUGAUCCGAAUCAACUGCAGCUGUAA